UGCAGCGCUGUGAGUGGGAGAGACGAUGUUGUGAUCCUCUCCGCAGCGAGAAACCCAAUAGGCCAAGGACAGAAUCCUGCCCGUCAGGCCAGCGUGGCAGCAAGCAUUCCCUAUUCGGUGCCAGCAUGGAGCUGCCAGAUGAUCUGUGGUUCCGGACUGAAGGCCGUGUGUUUAGGAGCACAGUCCAUCCUCACGGAAAACGCCAGGAUUGUAGUAGCAGGCGGCGUGGAAUGCAUGAGCAAGGCUCCACAUGUGGUUCCAAUGCGAGUUGGGGUCAAAGUAGGAGACAUGUCCCUUCAGGAUACCAUUCUGUGUGAUGGCCUAAUGGACGCCUUUUAUAUACACAUGGGUGUAACAGCUGAGAACGUGGCGAUGCAGUGGCAUGUGAGUCGAGAGGAGCAGGACAAGUUUGCUGUACAGUCCCAGAACCGAACUGAGGCAGCACAGAAAGCUGGCUAUUUUGAAAAAGAAAUUGUUCCUGUCUCCGUCCCUUCCAGGAGAGGGCCUAUCGAGGUGUCAACUGAUGAGUUUCCCCGUCACGGAAGCACCUUCGAAGCCAUGUCUAAACUAAAGCCGGCUUUUGCAAAGGGCGUAUCUGGCACUGUCACUGCUGCUAAUGCUUCAGGAAUAAAUGACGCCGCAGCUGUGAUUCUGAUGAAGAAAUCAGAAGCUGACAAGAAAUGCCUGAAACCUUUGGCUCAGAUUGUAUCCUGGGUCGAGGCUGGUUUGCAUCCUGCCAUUAAUGCACACUCCCUGACAAAGGGCAUUUUUCCCAACACGCUGAAGGUAUAUGUCAGCUGGAUAACUGAUGAGGAAACUCUGGCUUGGGUCAACAGCUGCUGGAAGGUGUUACCUGGAGUCCGAAUAUGUGAACAUGUGUUCGUACAUCCAGUGCCCGAAAUUCAUCUGGAUUGGCCUGCAGUGAGUCUAAUUGGAAUUGAGGUACAGAUCAACGAUGAUCAGAACUUUUGA